ACUCGUUCAAAGUACGCACAACUCGGCCAUACCAAACCAUGAGCUUCUCCGUCACCAGAAUCUCCCAAUCUUUCGUCGCUCCGGCCGCUCCCACUCCGGAUGAGACGCUCUUCCUCUCCAUCAUCGACCGCGUCGCCGGCCUCAGGCACAUGGUGCGGUCGCUGCACGUGUUCAAGCACGGCCGCGAGGCUGCCAAGGUGAUACGGGAAGCGCUGGCCAAGGCGCUGGUGCCGUACUACCCCUUCGCCGGCCGGUUCGUCGACGACGCCGAGCGCGGCGACGUUCGAGUCGCGUGCGCCGGCGAGGGCGCCUGGUUCGUGGAGGCGACCGCCAACUGUAGCCUCGAGGACGUCAGGGAUCUCGACUUCCCGCUCAUGAUCUCCAAGGACGAACUGCUCCCUGUUCCCGGCCAUGAGUUUGACCCCAUUAACCUGCCGUUGAUGAUGCAGGUGACUGAAUUCACUUGUGGAGGCUUCGUGGUCGGCCUCAUCUCCGUCCACACGAUCGCCGACGGACUCGGCGCCGCCCAGUUCGUGAACGCCAUCGGAGACAUCGCUAGGGGGCUUCCGAAGCCGGCCGUCGACCCGGUUUGGUCUCGGGAGGUCAUCCCCAGUCCUCCCAAGCUGGCUCCUUCGGCUCCUCCCCUGUUCGACACCUUCAAGCUGGUGCACACCACGAUGGACGUCCCCGAGAGCGCCGUCAGCCAGAUGAAAGCCAAGUACCUCGAGCGCACCGGCCAGCGCUGCUCCACCUUCGACGUCGCCGUCGCGAAGCUGUGGCAGUCGCGCACGCGCGCCAUCGGGCUCAGCCACGACGCCGACGUCCACCUCUGCUUCUUCGCCAACACCCGCCACCUGAUGCAGCAGGUCCUGCCACGCGGCUUCUUCGGCAACUGCUUCUACCCGGUGUCGGUCACCGCCCGCAGCGGCGAGGUCGCGGGGGCGGAGCUGGUGGAGGUGGUGAGGAUGAUAAGGGAUGCCAAAGCAGGGCUGGCGGCGGAGUUCGGACGGUGGGCGACAGGGGACUUCAAGGCGGACCCCUACGAGCUCACCUUCACCUACAACUCCUUGUUCGUGUCGGAUUGGACGCGGCUGGGGUUCCUGGACGUGGAUUACGGCUGGGGAAAGCCGCUCCACGUGAUCCCCUUCGCCUACUUCGACUUCAUGGCGGUGGGCAUCAUUGGGGCGCCGCCAUUGCCGAGGACAGGAACGCGGAUCAUGACGCAGUGCGUGGAGAAGGAGCAAUUGGAAACGUUCAUGGAGGACAUGAUCGGUUCUUCGGACGGGGUAAUUAAUUAGAAGAUGAUAUGCGUGGAUCAAUUAUAUAUGCUUUAUAUGAAUUGGGUUUGAAUGCAAGAGGCUUGGUGAUUAAUUAAUCUUGUUUUAGAGUUGAAUGUUCUUUUCCCAGAUUGUUGGGAUUUGAUGCAUGGAAAUUUGUUCCAUCUGUAUUGCUAUAUGAAAUGAGAUUUGCACCGAAAUAAAUAAUAAAUCGAGAGCUGAUGAAGGGGGCAAAUUUGCUUAA